UACACACGCAAGGCAAGACUCAGGACUAAAAGAGCUCUCAGAGACGCAUGUGGAUUAUUCUUACACUGUUUCGACGACGCUUUCUUACCGGAAUCUAUCAUUUUCAGUUUCACUUGAGGCGUUUGGAUUUGCCUAUUGAUUAUUUGAUAACAUCAUGACUCUGGAAGAAGUCGUUGGAUGCAAUAUCACUGAUAAAAAGAUGGAUGCUGUGAGUCAAGCCUUAGAGGAGCUGCUGGUCGCAGCCCAGAGACAAGACUGCCUUACUGUCGGCGUUUACGAAUCUGCAAAGCUCAUGAAUGUAGAUCCAGACAGUGUGGUGCUGUGUGUUCUGGCUACGGACGAGGAGGACGAGGACGACAUCGCUCUUCAGAUUCAUUUCACUCUUCUGCAAGCUUUCUGCUGCGAGAACGACAUCAAUAUCCUGCGUGUGUCCGGGUUGAGGCGCCUGGCGCAGGUCAUCGGCGAGCCAAGCUCUGAUGACAGCAACAAUAACGGAGAGCCUAGAGAUUUCCACUGCAUCCUGGUCACUAAUCCUCAGUGCCAGCCACUCAAAUGCCAAGCGCUGAAGGAGGUGGGCAACUACUGCGAUGAGAGCCGCUGCAGGAACCAGUGGGUGCCCUGUCUGUCCCUCCGCGAGCGCUGAAAGCACGCACGGGAUGCGACCGCACGGAAAAUCAUCGGCUACCAAAAACCGUUUGGUUCUGUGAAGAGCGGAAGGAAAGAAAGAGGCGAGAGGGGCUUUCUCUUUUCUGCGUCAGCUCCUGUUCAGCUGGAGGAACCAGAAAGGAAAGUUCCUCGGGGCUGACGUUGAGCUUCGCAGCCCAGUUUCGUCCUCCGCUAUGAGGGAGCGUUGUUUUGCGGUGGUGGUGGAGGAGGAGGACAGAGAACCGUAGGACCACGCCAUGUAAAGGGGACUAAGUGCCCGCAUGCGCGUUGCGUAGGAGCGCACUUGGUUUCCCACGAGCCAUGGACAGAAAUCCAGAAGGGGAGAGAAAGAGACUGUCCGGCAUUGUAGAAACCUAGCUGUAGGACACCUGCUGCUGGACUUCAUUGCUUAACAUUGCAAUUUCUCAUUUGUUGGACUAACAUCUUUUAUGCUACUAUAUAGACAUGUGGAAUGCAGCUGUUUUUUUCUUUCUUUCAAAUAAUGACUGCAAAGAGGCCAGUGUUAAGACAUGUGGAUGGAUGUCUGAGUCACUGUGGACAUCAUGCAUAUUAUGAAAUGCUGUUUUGUAACUUAUUUCACAUAACUUAAAAAGAGUAAUAUAUGUGUUUUUUUUUUAUAUCAUGUGAACAUCAAUUCUGUUUCAAUAAAUUAUUGUGUGAAAAUGAA